GUCGCCUCACUUCCGGGAGAGCCUGGGCCCCGCGGGUGCCGCCUGCUCGCCGGCUCGGGAGCGGCUUUUGCAACUCAGCCUGCGGCCCCGAGGAGCGCGCACGCGGAGCAAAAGCUCGGUUGUCUGCGCGGCCCGAGCUUCUCUCUGUGACCAUGGGGGUGACCCCGCGGCUCCUGCGCGCGGUGAUCUUGGGGGCCCCGGGCUCGGGCAAGGGCACCGUGUCGUCUCGCAUUACCAAAAACUUCGAGCUGAAGCACCUCUCUAGCGGGGACCUGCUCCGAGACAACAUGCUGAGGGGUACAGAAAUUGGUGUGUUAGCCAAGACCUUCAUUGACCAAGGGAAGCUCAUCCCAGAUGAUGUCAUGACUCGGCUAGCCCUUCACGAGCUGAAAACUCUCACCCAGUAUAGCUGGCUGUUGGACGGUUUUCCAAGGACCCUUCCACAGGCUGAAGCACUUGAUAGAGCUUAUCGGAUAGACCUGGUGAUUAAUCUGAAUGUGCCCUUUGAGGUCAUUAAACAACGCCUCACUGCUCGCUGGAUUCAUCCAGCCAGUGGCCGAGUCUACAAUAUUGAAUUCAACCCUCCCAAAACUAUGGGCCGUGAUGAUAUGACUGGAGAGCCUCUGGUUCAGCGUGAGGAUGACAGACCAGAGACGGUUAUCAAGAGACUGAAGGCUUACGAAGACCAAACGCAGCCAGUCCUGGAGUAUUACCAGAAAAAAGGGGUAUUGGAAACAUUCUCUGGAACAGAAACCAACAAGAUCUGGCCUUGUGUAUAUGCUUUCCUACAAACAAAAGUUCCACAAAUCAACCAGAAAGCGUCAGUUACUCCAUGAGAAAAAGGCUUGUAAUUAGUUAAGAUGAGCAGAACCCUCAUCCUUUCAUUUAGAAGCUCCUUGUCCUAAGACUGUAGCAUGUAUGAAUUCUUUGAAAUUUAGUUUUCUGCUGAUUUUAUUCUAGAUACUAAGGAUUGCCAAGAUAAGUCAAAUACUAAGAUUUAUCUUUUCAAAUUGUCUAGUGUUUCAUCCAGUUAUAUUCUUUGGAUGUGCAAUUCAAAAACAGAGAUAUCUAAAUUAAAAAAAAAAAAAGAGCAAAAUUAAAAGAGCAAUUGGUAGUAAUCUAAGUUGUUCAGUAAGAAUUAGUGGUUGAUAAGGGGGUCUAUAAUUUUCUGGAAAUGUAAAAAAAAUUACAGUAUACUUAUUUGGGGAAAGUAUCUUAUCAGAAGCUUUUAUAUAGACUGAUUAUCAAAAAAGACAUUUUUAGCUCUGUGGGUAUUGUAUUGAUAUGGUAUUCACAGUAUAUAAUUCCAAAAAAGAUGAAUGGAUUUAGGAAUCAGUUACAGAAUGCAAAUUCACUGCUGCCUUUAGACUAAGAAACUUAUAAGCUGGUCAUAUAUGCUGUAUUUAUUUUGUUGUUAAACAUACAUUCCGUUUACUCACAACUUUCAUUUUGCUGUAAAAAUGUUAUCUAAUAGCAUUUAGGAAAGUAUUCCUUUAUAAUACAGCUUGUUUUCUUUUUAAAACUGUAUGAUUUGUUAGAAGCUGACUUUAUAAGUUAUUGGAUAAGCAACAAAGUUGAAUGACUUUUCUUCAGUGGGAAAUGUAAUUAAAGUCUUACGUUUUCAGAUGUUACUCAGAUUAAGAAAUGUUUGCUUUAAGAUCUUGCCAGUUUCUCUUUUUGAUCCAAAUGUAUGACAUGCCUUGAUGAGUAACAAAAGAAAAUAAAAAAAAGAAUAAGAGAAAACCACAGCACUACAUAAAAUAAGCACAUUUUGUCAUUAGGAAGUAGAAAUAGAUCAGGCACGCCUGGAGAAAAUUCCUUUGGCAUAGCAAUCAUAAUUAGUAAACAGGUGAAACAAAAAGGCAUGAUAGGUUCAAAAGGAAAGUAACUUAGUUGGCUAAGCAGUUCUUCAUUCCUCAAUAAAGACGUUGAUAACUGCUAGUGUUCACUGCCAUUUAUCUUAAGAGGAAAAAACUCUGCUUGAUAAGUGUAAUCUGAGCAGCCAUUAUUUUUAAAUCAUUAUUUUAGAUUCCUUAGUGGGGCAACCAGGAUGCAUGCUUAUGUAUUUAUUAUGUGGCUUGGGAGGAGUGGGGCCAUACAGGAGGUGGAGGACAAGAAACCCAACUAUAUCUUAAAUGGCAUAUUUACUCUCACUUUACUUGAUACUAAAUCAAGUGAAACAAGGUCUUGUACAGGUUAUUAACUGCCUUUGAAAAUGUGGCCCAUUUUACUACAGUCACUUAAAAUAGAAAUGCCAGCAAGUAGUAGUUAGGCAUUUUGGGGAAACACUUAUUUUCCUUUUUUCUGAUUUUAUUUUUUAUUCAUUGUUGAUCUUUCAAAAUGGACCAAGGCUUUUUUAAGAGAUUAUCGUAAAUACUUCAUUCUUUACAAAACUUUCUAUAAUGUCUUAUUUGAAUCUUGAUAAUUAUUUGCUUUCCAAAAAUGUUGUGAACUACUCAACUUAUGAGCUGUCACACUAGGUUAUCAGGCAUACAUUAAUCUUUAUUAUAAUAAAAUUAAAUUUCAAAAUUGUG